UUGGAGAAAACUGCGAAGACUGCGUCAGGUAACAGCUAGUCUUCCUGGAAUUGAAAUAUAAAGCAGCACAAGGCUUAAAUGAAGACCCAAGGAAAGUACGGAGUGACGGCGACUGCGGCCGCCCAAGUUCUCUGCGAGGACGUGAGGAACUUCAGCACGCGUCGUCGCAACAUCCUCUACCUAAUGCACAGAUAUCUGGUGGAGAACGGCUACUACACGAGCGCCGAGUCCCUGAAGACCGAGGGACGACUCUCCAAUGAAUACGAACUGUGCGACAACAUCGAUCUGGAUGGCAUGUACUUGGAGUACGCCAGCUUUUUCAACAUGAAGUUCGGGAAAUACCCCAAGAUUCUCAAGAAGGUGGGCCCGAAAGUCAAGGUGGAAAUGGUCGGAAAAGUGCAGGAAAAGAAGGAGACGAAGGAGACCAAGGAGACCAAGGAGCCACCAAAAAGGCCCCCAGUUUCAGAGGCUUCUCUGGCCAACUGGCACUUGGGCGUGGGUGCAGCCACGGCAGCAUUGAGUAAUGAGCCCUUGCAGAUCGUGAAAAUGGAAACUUCAGCAGAGGUUUCCGGUCAGGAAAACGCCUGUGAAAUAGAGCACGGCCACCUGGGCUCGGAUGAUGGCCUCUUUUCCUCCUUGGAUUGGCAAUCGCUGGCGCAACUGGUGAAGAGCUCUAUCCUCCAGGAGAAUAUAAAGAUCCGCUGGUCGGAUGUCUGUGGCAAUCAGCGGGCGAUCGAGUUGAUAAAGGAAGCUGUGCUCACCCCCAUCGAAUUCCCCCAGUUGUUCGUGCACGGCUUGAAGCCCUGGAGAUCCCUCCUACUCCACGGACCACCGGGCAGUGGGAAGACCUUUCUGGCGAAGGCCUUGUACUCGGAGACCCAGGGACGGGUGACCUUCUUCAACAUAACGGCCAGUAUAAUGGUGAGCAAGUGGCGGGGCGAGUCGGAAAAGAUCCUGCGCGUCCUCUUUCACAUGGCAGCGAAAAGAGCUCCCUCGGUGAUCUUCCUUGACGAAAUCGAGAGCCUGACCUCCAAAAGAGACCGGGCCACGGAUCACGAGAGCUCCAAGCGCUUCAAGAACGAGCUUUUGCAACUCUUGGACGGCAUGGAGCACACCCUAAACGGGGUCUUCGUCCUGGCCAGCACUAACUUGCCUUGGGACAUCGACGAGGCCUUUCUGCGACGCUUCGAAAAGAAGCUGCUGGUACAACUGCCCAAUCCGGCGGAGAGGAGCUGCCUGAUCAGUCGGCUUUUGGGCAGCAGUGUCUCGCUGAACCCGAGACUCCUGGAUAAGCUGGUUGAGAUCUCCGACCAGUUUACCGGCGACGAAAUACGGCUGGCCUGCAAGGAGAUCAGCAUGCAUCGAGUGCGUUGUGCGACCAAAGUCGAUCGGUCCAUGGCUUCCCCUAAGGAGUCUCAGGCCUCCAUCGAAGCCAACGUGGAGGAGGCCUUCAGGCAAGUGCGCCCCUUGGGCCAGAAGCUGUUGGCCAAACACGAGCAGUGGCAGCACGAAAAUGGCUCUUAAUCGGAUUUGUAACUAAGUAACCUUGUAGUCCAAUGUAUAUUUUAAAAGGUAUUAAAGCAAAUAAUAAAUAAAGUGGCCUAUUGCUCAAAGAAAACUA